CAGAAAAAUGUGGAAAGUGUGGGCCGGGCUAUGCCAGUCCCCUGGAGGCCAUGAAAGGGCCCCGGGAGCAGCUCCUGUACCUGCCCUGCAUCUACCGGAACACCGGGAUCGACCUUCCCGACUUCCUGGCCACGGUGGAUGUGGAUCCUGAAUCCCCAAAUUACUGCCAGGUGAUCCACCGCCUGCCCAUGCCCAACGUGGCCGAUGAGCUGCACCACUCGGGUUGGAACGCCUGCAGCAGCUGCCACGGUGACCCCGGCAAAGCGCGGAACCGCCUGGUGCUGCCGGGGCUCAUCUCCUCGCGCAUCUACGUGCUGGACGUGGGCACCGAAGGCACUUUUGUCCUCCUGGAUGGAGAAACCUUUGAAGUGAAAGGAAAUUGGGAAAAAGGAGGAAAAAUCCCCCCCAUGGGCUACGAUUUCUGGUACCAACCCCGRCACAACGUCCUCAUCAGCACCGAGUGGGGCAUCCCCAAAAUCCUGGCCCAGGGCUUCAACCCCCAGGAUGUGGAAAAAGGGCAUUACGGGCGUCACAUCAAUGUUUGGGAUUGGAGCAGCCGUUCUCUGAUCCAGGAGAUCGAUUUGGGAAAAGGCUCCAUCCCCCUGGAAAUUCGMUUCCUGCACGACCCCAAAGCUUCCCAGGGAUUUGUGGGAUGUGCCCUGAGCGGGGAAAUYCAGAGAUUCUUCAAAACCCAGGAAGGCAAAUGGGCAGCAGAGAAGGUGAUUGAAGUUCCCUCCAAGAAAGUCCAAGGGUGGCUCCUCCCGGAUAUGCCAGGGCUCAUCACAGACAUCCUGAUCUCCCUGGAUGACAAAUUCCUGUAUUUCAGCAAUUGGAUCCACGGGGACGUGCGGCAGUACGACAUCUCCGACCCCAAAAACCCCAAACUGGUGGGGCAGGUUCCCGGGGGUCCUCAGAUGCUGCAGCUGAGCCUGGACGGGAGGAGGCUCUACGUGACCACGUCCCUGUACAGCGCCUGGGACCGCCAGUUCUACCCCGAGCUCAUCAGGGAGGGCUCGGUGAUGCUGCAGCUGGACGUGGACACGGAGCGGGGCGGGCUCAGCGUCAAUCCCGAAUUCCUGGUGGAUUUUGGGAAGGAGCCCCUGGGACCCUGCCUGGCCCACGAGAUGCGGUACCCGGGGGGCGACUGCACCUCCGACAUCUGGCUGUGAUCCGGGAUUUUGGGAUUGGGAAUUUGGGAUUGGGAAUUUGGGAAUGGGGG